AGGGGAGCGGAUCCGAGCUGCCGGCAGCUGGUCCUCGCGGCUCGCUCCCUCCUUCGCACUCGCGCUCUCGGCCGCCCGCAGGGCUGCGCGGCUCGGUGGCAUCUCGGGCGCGGCCCGCCGUCCUCGCCCCUGCCUCCGGGCCGCUCCCGCUCCCGCCCCCGGCGCCGCUCGCUUCCCCCCCAACCCCGGAUUCCCCCAUGUAUGACGACUCCUACGUGCCCGGGUUUGAGGACUCGGAGGCGGGUUCAGCCGACUCCUACACCAGCCGCCCCUCUCUGGAUUCGGACGUCUCCCUGGAGGAGGACCGGGAGAGUGCCCGGCGCGAGGUGGAAAGUCAGGCUCAGCAGCAGCUUGAGAGGGCCAAGCACAAACCUGUGGCAUUUGCUGUGAGAACCAAUGUCAGCUACUGUGGUGUGCUGGAUGAGGAGUGCCCAGUCCAGGGCUCUGGAGUCAACUUUGAGGCCAAAGAUUUUCUGCACAUUAAAGAGAAAUACAGCAAUGACUGGUGGAUCGGGAGGCUAGUGAAAGAGGGCGGGGACAUCGCCUUCAUCCCCAGCCCCCAGCGCCUGGAGAGCAUCCGGCUCAAACAGGAGCAGAAGGCCAGGAGAUCCGGGAACCCCUCCAGCCUGAGUGACAUUGGCAACCGACGCUCUCCUCCUCCAUCUCUAGCCAAGCAGAAGCAAAAGCAGACGGAACAUGUUCCCCCAUAUGAUGUGGUGCCCUCCAUGCGGCCCGUGGUGCUGGUGGGACCCUCUCUGAAAGGUUAUGAGGUCACAGACAUGAUGCAGAAGGCACUCUUCGACUUCCUUAAACACAGGUUUGAUGGCAGGAUCUCCAUCACCCGAGUCACAGCUGACCUCUCACUGGCGAAGCGGUCUGUGCUCAACAAUCCUGGCAAGAGGACCAUCAUUGAGCGCUCCUCUGCGCGCUCUAGUAUUGCUGAAGUACAGAGUGAGAUUGAGCGCAUAUUCGAGCUGGCCAAAUCCCUGCAGCUAGUGGUGUUGGAUGCUGAUACCAUCAACCACCCAGCACAGCUAGCCAAGACCUCACUGGCCCCUAUCAUCGUCUUUGUCAAAGUAUCUUCACCCAAGGUACUACAGCGACUCAUCCGCUCCAGGGGGAAGUCACAGAUGAAGCAUCUGACUGUGCAGAUGAUGGCAUACGAUAAGCUGGUUCAGUGCCCACCGGAGUCAUUUGAUGUGAUACUGGAUGAGAACCAGCUGGAGGAUGCCUGUGAGCACCUGGCUGAGUACCUAGAGGUUUACUGGAGAGCUACUCACCAUCCAGCCCCUGGCCCUGGACUUCUGGGUCCUCCCAGUGCCAUCCCUGGACUUCAGAACCAGCAACUGCUGGGAGAGCGAGGUGAGGAGCAUUCACCCCUGGAGCGGGACAGCUUGAUGCCCUCCGAUGAGGCCAGCGAGAGCUCCCGCCAGGCCUGGACCGGAUCUUCACAGCGCAGCUCCCGCCACCUGGAAGAGGACUAUGCAGAUGCCUACCAGGACCUGUACCAGCCUCACCGCCAACACACCUCGGGGCUGCCCAGUACUAAUGGACAUGACCCCCAAGACCGGCUCCUAGCCCAGGACUCGGAGCACAACCACAAUGACCGGAACUGGCAGCGCAACCGGCCUUGGCCCAAGGAUAGCUACUGACCACCUCCUGCCCUAACUUGGCAGGCACGGGCACAGCUGGCCGGGAUGCCCUCUCCAGGCAGGUUGGAGUUAGACUGGCAUUUGGCUGCCACUAGGCUCAGCUCCCGCAACCCCCUGCCCAGCCCCAGCUACAGGGAUGACUGUGGUCCCAAGGUUCUGGGAGAAGCAAGGGGCCUCCUCACCUCCUGGGCACAGUGACCCCAUAGGCUCCCAUUCCAGGUACUAGCUGUGUUCUGCACCCCUGGCACCUUCCUCACCUCCUGCACAAGAAGCUGCCCCAGUGGGCCAUGAUCUCAAGCCAAGAUCACUUUAGCAGGGGACGUCCCACCAGACUCAGGGAAGGGAUGCCCCUUUGAGUGACGAGGGUGGGGGCAACAUGACAUGAGGAAGAAGCAAGGUUUCUGAGCAGGAACAAGUCCUAAGUCGAAGAGACUCAGGUUUUUUUGGGGUUCGAGGGCCUCCACUCACCUCACUGCCACACGUCAGAAAUGAGACAGUCAAGAGCCCGACGUUGUGGUACUCCUGUCCAUCAGCUGGGGUGGGACAUUUACAUCCAGGACUGGAGCAGCAGGCGGGCGAAGCUGGGUUAGACACCUCACAGCUGAUGCUCUGGGAGGAAAGGGCCUCACCACAUCAGGAAACAUCUGACAAAACUAGGGAAUUGGAUGGACUGUGGUCAAACCAAAAGGAGCCAGCCUGGACUGGAGUUGUCGGGAGGGGGGGGGCUUUGGGGCCCCCUUGCCUUCCUCAUUCUUUUACCCUUGCAUCUGUCAUUUCUGUUUUUCCUCCAUGCCUCCUGCAAGAUAGGGGCUCCAGACCUUAUUCCCCGACUCCUAGCCGCUGCUUGUUACAUUAGGGUUAGAUGGGGAGAAUAGGACACAGUGGACAGCCCCUAGAGGCCCUGUCUACCUGGCUACCCUUGCCUUACGGCUCUAGCGUGUGACCUACAGAGCAUGCUCCACAAAAACCUGCCCCACCUCACUAUCAUCUCCAAUAAAACACCAUGCACAGUCCCUCA